GGCAAAACGGAAGGUCGUGAUUGGUCCACAACCGUCGUUGAGGCGGGACCAUUCUAGUGGCGACUGUCAAGAUUGGCAAAGAGCUGCGCUUGCUGCGUGCAGGUAAAGAACAAGCGACGCCGAAAGGAAACAUUUAUCUUCGCUAGAAAGCGAACAGUGGGAUGGGAACUGGCUGUCCGCACAAAGCCCUUCGCGCGAAACGACCGCAAAUGCGACGCGUUUAAGUUUGGGGAAGACGGGAGGGAAAAGGAGCGCGUGGGAAGAAAGUGCUGUUGUGUCAACCGUCGUUUGUCUCUCGGGCACGCUUCCUCACAGAAACAACUUGGACAGCUGCGCGCUUUCCAGCCAGCCAUCAACAAAGAAUGAAAGCCUUCAAACGAACUGUAGAAGAAGAGCGUCAUGUGGAGCAGGAGCAGUCUUCUGCCAUGUCGGACAGUGAUGACGGCUCCCCCCUCGACCUGUCAGGAAGGGGACUCUUCGGGAAGCGCCGUCGCCGUGGCAACCUGCCUAAAGAGGCGGUACAAAUUCUAAGGAGCUGGCUGUACGAGCACCGCUUCAACGCCUACCCCUCGGAGCAGGAGAAACUUAGUUUGUCCAGCCAGACUAACCUCUCCGUGCUGCAGAUCUGUAACUGGUUCAUUAACGCCCGCCGCCGUCUCCUGCCCGACCUUCUGCGAAAAGAUGGCAAAGACCCCACCAAGUUCACCGUCUCCCGCAAGUUGAGCGGCAAGAGCGAUGGCCACUCGUCCACGGGCGGCGGCGGCGCCAGUUCCCCCGAGAGCCCCUCGUCCACCGGCCCCACUCAACAGCGGCCGUCUGUCAUCCGCUCGACCCCGACGUUGGACCUCGGCGUCCUGGGCAACACCGCCACCGCUAUUCUGACCGGAGCGGGCUAUCCUGGGAAGGACGGCUCUGUUCAGGCGCUGAUGAGGCUCGACACGCAACGACUGCUGAGGGAGGCCGAGGAGCAAGGAGCUAACACGGCAGCGGCGGCGACAAGCCCGAGCGGUGGCCUCUUCAACACCCCUCCCCCGACGCCGCCUGAGCUCAUCCCCACUCAGGAUUUUAGUGAUCUGAAGCUUCUGGUUGAUGCAGCACUGCAGAGGGCAGCGGAGCAGGAGAACCUGAACCAGAUCCAGGAGAGCCCCAACAUUCUGAAAGAACCUGUAAAGACUGAGAAAGUGGAGUCACAGUGUAGCCCUUGCGCGAGCGACAUGGGUCCGACACCUCCCCCCGAAGACAGCCAGCAAGUCUUGGAUCCAUGCAGGGUCCAGAGUCUGAUGGAAAAGGCCAUGGCUGUGUCCGUGGCAGCCAGAGCUUCAAAUACUCCAGAAUCUUCUGCUACACCUGCGGCAGCUUCGGUCCUGGUCUCGGCACCCACGUUGUCCCCCUCGCCUGCGCCCAAAGUCAUUUGGAGUCCACUGGAGAAGGACUCCAAGCAGUCGCGGCUCAUCCCGGCCCACGUGCCAACCUUGGUGACGGUCUUUGGGCAGCCAAAGUGCGAGAAACAUUGUACCGAUCCAGCUCCAGCCUCCAAUAGUCCCGCGCCUGUGACGAGGCCAGUACCGGUCCCAGCUACGGGUUCUACCUCCAUCACCGCCGUAAGCCAGGCCAUACCGGCAGCCGUUGCACUCGCUCCGGCCACUCCCAGUCCAACCGUCACCUCGUUCCAGGGCCCGCUUUACCUCCCCUUCCACAAAUCCCAGCUAUUCCCCUUCGCCGUUCCGUCGUCGGCCUCGCAACCCCUCCUGCCCUUGCCCGUGGCUACCUCCGGCCAGGCUCCAUCUCAAGUCCUCAAAGCGUCGAGGUCGACGGUCGCGCCUCUACUGGGCCUCUCCCCGCACCUCACCACGGCCAGCGGCAGCAGCGGCGGCGGGGUCGGCUCGCAGAGGAACUCGCCAGUGGUGCCCAGCAUGUGGAGCAUGGUCCACGCCGACGCCAGACAGUCCAGCCCACUCCAAGUAGUGAAGGCGCCCAUCACCGGCGCAGCCUGGGGCCCCCAACACACGGCCUGCACACAGUGAGUAGAACGCAGGUGCUUGCCUUUUUUCGGGGUCGCAGUGGGCCAGACUGUUGAAAACAGAAAACCGAACGAAUUUCAUCACCACUUCUCAUCGAGUCGACAUGUUCCUGCGAGAUCCACGACUUUUAUUUUAGAUGAGUGAUUUUUCUUUUAUAGAGCUGCUGGUUCAAGCAACUUUCCCCCUUUAAGUCCCCCAAAACAUUUAUUGACAAUAUUUUCAGUUUUGCCCCCACAUUAAUGUUACAUAUGUGGAGUAUGAAUUCCUCCCAUUUUCAUUAAUUUCACGGGAGUGGCCACAUUCUAUCAACUGUAAAUGAUAUGAGAGUGCCGAUCGGCUCAAAUGGGCCAAAUGCCCGCCGCCCCUUGAGCUGGUUAAUGCCAGACGGAUUUUGCUGUUUAAUUCAUUUCCGCACAUAUUAUGAGGACCAUUUUUGACUUUGCUUCCUCUUUAAAGUGCUUCGGAAUCAAGCAAUUGCCGUUAGCAACACUCUGAGCAUUCCAUUCAGUGCACAUGAAUCGUCGCGUGCGGUUUGCGAUACCUUCGGUAGCGAUCUUUCUCGAAUGUAUAAAAUCUCUUCAAACAUUGGUUUUUUUUUACUCAGUGUUGUGACACUAAGAACAGUCGUCCUUUUUUUUUUUUACAAUUCAAAUGAUCCUCAUUGGAUGUUUCUCUCUCAUGGGGGUCAACUGGAGUAAAUUGUGACUUUGUUCAGUGAUGCUGGACCACUUCUAUCUCGUUCCACAGUCGCCCCGUCUUUAUUUUAUAGCCAAAGGAUUUUCGUGUGUGCCUGUGAUGCGUUGUCGUCCAUUCCAACAGUAUUGUCCUCGUGAGGGGGCUUGCGGAAUGAAAGGACGGUCACAUUGGGGUCUGUUACUGAAGCCGACGAUGGUGUCAAGUGUAGCAGCUUGAUGACAUCAUGCUUAUCUUGCAGCUCCGUGACACUUGGCACCUUUUUGUCCGGGGCGAUUAACAAAUCUCAUCUUUUUGUGAUCCUUCAUGUUUGGCCAAAGUUGACUGUCACAACUGACUGUUUGAGGUAUAUUGCGUAUUUCUCCACCCCUUCCCUUCCAUCUGUGCUUUAGAAAUGUCCAGUCAUUCAUGAAAUAGUAGUUUCCAUGAAACUGUCUUUAGAAUACCUGCAAUAUAUUUGUGCGGCUAAAUGUCGACAGCAUAGAAGAUACUGUAGCAGAAUUGCGAGGUUCCUGUUUACCAGAAUCAUCGAACCAUGGCCAGUUUGUACCAUUACGUACGUUGCAUGUGCUAAGAGAGAUGGGUGAUUUUUAUUUUAUUUUAUUUUUUGUCAUCCAGUUCCUCCUUGCUGUUUGUUUGAAUCUCAUUACUGUCGGCUCUUUUCAGGUUUUGUUCUUGUUGUCAACGGAUGUGCAUUUAUACCUCAUUUUACACCGGUCAUGCCAGGAUUAGGUCUUGUGUAGAGAACUAAGUAUUAAAGUACUAUUUUUUUAUUUUUUACGACUACGUGGCUUGUUAUUCUGGAGAUGUCUGGUGAAAAGAAUUAGACGGACAGGUUUUAGAUAGCAUGCUUUUUUUGUAUGUUUUAGAUGCUUGACAUUCCAUUUGGUGAAAAAAAAAUGGUUUUGUAUGUAAAUAUGUUCAAGGUCAAGUCAUUUUAGUUUGGUCAUGGCAUAUUUAUCUCAAAGAUUGUCAUUUCUUCACUGCCAAACCCAUUCAAAAAUCUUCACGAUGUUACUGACCGUUAGCAGUAUGACGGGCUUCUGUGCCUUAAACCUUUGAGGGAUUGAUGUCCCCAUAGACCUUGUUUUUUUUUUUAUUCUAUAUAAUUGAGCUCAAUAGUUUGUGCAAUAUAUGCCUUAAACUUUAAGUGUGUUUUGUAUUCGCGUUUCGAAGAAAUAAAAGCUCAGUUUUUCAUA